UAAUAAUAAAAGAUAAACGUAUAUAUGUUGUGUUGUAUACUUGUAUUAGCAUUAUCGGUUUAUUAUUGCAUCAUCAUCUUCAUCACUCUCCCGCCCAGGCAACGCCAUUUCCAUUAUCUUCUGAUCUCUGCAAAAGCAACUACACGCAAGAUCUGGUUCAACGCAACAAUGGCGGGUCGAUUCUUAGGAUCUUCUUCUGCUUCGAUCGACAUGAUCGUCACCAAUACGCCAUCUCAGGAACUCGCUCUAACCAACCUCGCUUUCAUCUCCGCCUCCGAUCUUCCUAAAUUCGCCGUCCCCGGUCACGAUAAUCUAUACCUCGCUUCCAUCGGCGAUUCCUUCGUUUUCUCUAUCUCAGCUCAUGAAAGCAUACGUGGAGGCCAUAUUGCGUUGAAUUCAAUUCAACGUCGAUGUGCAAGAGUUUCUGCUGCCGAAUCUGUACCUGUGACGCGAUUUGUGCCGCCUGAAAAUUUCAACCUGGCAGUGCUGCAACUUGAAUUGGAAUUCAUUAAAAAGGCUGGAAACAAAAAUGAACAGAUUGAUGCUAUAGUACUUGCCAAGCAACUACGAAAGAGGUUUAUAAAGCAGGUAAUGACAGCAGGGCAGAAAGUGUUAUUUGAGCAUCAGGGAAAUAAUUAUAGCUUUACAGUCAGUCAAGUUACUGUUGAGGGCCAACAAAGGUCUAGUUCUAUUGACAGAGGGAUGAUUUCAGAGGACACAUUCAUAGCUUUUGAAGCAUCACGUGAUAGUGGAAUUAAGAUUAUCAAUCAGCGCGAAUCUACUACUAGCAACAUUUUUAAGCAGAAAGAAUUUAACCUUGAGUCUCUGGGUAUUGGUGGCCUGGGUGCAGAGUUUGCAGAUAUAUUUCGAAGAGCUUUUGCAUCUCGUGUUUUCCCUCCCCAUGUGACAUCUAAAUUAGGGAUCAAGCAUGUGAAGGGCAUGCUGCUUUAUGGUCCUCCUGGAACUGGAAAGACUCUUAUGGCACGUCAAAUUGGAAAAAUUUUGAAUGGCAAGGAACCAAAGAUUGUAAAUGGCCCUGAAGUUUUGAGCAAAUUUGUGGGUGAAACUGAAAAGAAUGUGAGGGACCUUUUUGCCGAUGCUGAACAGGAUCAGAGGAACCUAGGUGAUGAAAGUGAUUUACAUGUUAUUAUAUUUGAUGAAAUUGAUGCUAUCUGUAAGUCCAGAGGCUCCACUAAAGAUGGUACGGGGGUUCAUGAUAGCAUUGUGAACCAGCUUCUUACCAAGAUAGAUGGUGUGGAAUCACUAAACAAUGUUUUGCUUAUUGGAAUGACCAACAGAAGAGACAUGCUUGAUGAAGCACUCUUACGACCAGGGCGGUUGGAAGUCCAGGUUGAGAUAAGCCUCCCUGAUGAAAAUGGUCGAUUGCAAAUUCUUCAAAUUCACACUAACAAGAUGAAAGAGAAUUCUUUUCUAGCUCCUGAUAUAAACCUUCAAGAGCUUGCUGCUCGAACCAAAAACUACAGUGGUGCGGAACUUGAAGGUGUUGUGAAAAGUGCUGUCUCAUAUGCCUUAAAUAGACAAUUGAGCCUAGAGGACCUCACUAAACCAGUGGAGGAGGAAAAUAUUAAGGUUACGAUGGAUGACUUUUUGAAUGCACUCCAUGAAGUUAUUCCUGCAUUUGGAGCUUCCACUGACGAUCUUGAGCGAUGCAGACUCCAUGGCAUGGUGGAGUGUGGUGAUCGACAUAAGCACAUUUAUCAGAGGGCAAUGCUAAUUGCAGAGCAAGUUAAAGUGAGCAAAGGAAGCCCCCUUGUUACUUGUCUUCUGGAAGGUUCCCGUGGCAGUGGUAAAACCGCAAUUGGAGCUACUGUAGGCAUUGAUAGUGACUUCGCAUAUGUCAAGAUAAUUUCAGCUGAAACAAUGAUUGGUCUACAUGAGAGCACUAAAUGUGCUCAGAUUAUUAAGGUUUUUGAGGAUGCGUACAAGUCACCUUUGAGUGUCAUUGUUCUCGAUGACAUUGAGAGAUUAUUGGAGUAUGUGGCCAUUGGUCCUCGUUUUUCAAACAUAAUUUCGCAGACAUUGCUGGUUCUGCUCAAACGGCUUCCUCCAAAGGGGAAAAAACUCAUGGUUAUUGGAACAACAAGUGAAGUGGACUUCUUGGAGUCACUUGGAUUUGUUGAUACAUUCUCGGUAACUUACAAUGUUCCCACCUUGAACAAAGAAGAUGCAAAGAAGGUCUUGGAACAGUUGAAUGUUUUUGCUGAAGAAGAUAUUGUUUCUGCCGCAGAUGCUUUGGAUAAUACGCCUAUCAAGAAGUUAUACAUGUUGAUUGAGAUGGCAGCGCAGGGUGCGCAUGGUGGAUCUGCAGAAGCUAUCUAUUCUGGCCAAGAGAAGAUUAAUAUAUCUCAUUUCUACGAUUGCCUCGGGGAUGUUGUCAGGGUGUAUAGAUAGUUUAUUGUCUCAUCAAGUGCUUUGACUAUUGCAUUGUAUCACCAUUGUGUUUUAAUUGAAUACCAUUCUUGUAUAUUUAAAUUCAUACGUUGCAUAAUACUUGUGGUCAGUUUUGAGGAGGAUUUAUCAAUCACGGCUGCUUGCUUAUGCUGAUAGUAAUUGAGAGAGGUGUUUGUAGUUCAGGUUUUAUCUGUUACGGCUAUGGCUUACUGGCUUAGUUUGAAUCGAGCUGUACCAAACUGGCUUAAGCGUAACCCUCUGUAUUGGGGAUUCAACAUUAUCUAAACACAUUUUUGUGAUAUAGAUAUAUUACUGCUAUAUUUUUGUAAAUGUGAAAAUUAACAUUGUACAAGAAUAGUCUUAACGUUUUAAUAUCAGGCUAUCUAAUUACAUCAUUCACAUUUUCAGUAA